UUCAUCACAAACAGUUCAGUGCCAGGGUCGUUGGUAUCCAGAUCGGAGAUGAGUCUCCUUGGACUGUACUCUUUGCUCCUGGUGGCACCUUCACUCCUGUUGGGGGGCCCUUCUGGGUCCUCCUGGAAUUCCCUCCAGUUUUUCUACACAACCAUGUUGGAGCCUGUCCAGGACUUGCCUGAUUUCAUUGCUUUGGGAUAUGUGAACGACCAGCUCAUCGGCCACUACAACAGCACCACGAGGAGGGCGGCGCCUGUGGUGCCCUGGAUAAGGAAGGCGGAGAAGGAGGAGCCCCGUUUCUGGGACCGGGUCACGCAGAUAGCCAAGCAUCAUGAGCUGCAAAUGAAGGGGAACCUGAGGGACUUGCAGCGGGUCUACAAUCGGAGUGGAAGGAUGCAUACCUGGCAGUGCAGGUACGGCUGCGAGCUGAGCAACGAUGGGCGCAAAAAUGGGUUUGACCAUUAUGCCUUUGAUGGGGUGUACUACGGAAGUUUCGACCCGGAGACCCUCACCUGGAGGAGAGACAUGGUUCCUCCUCAGGUGAUCAGAAGGAAGAGAGAUGAUGACGAUGCCUACAGCAAGUUAGUCAAGGCCUUCCUGGAGAAGGACUGCGUCGAGGCGCUGCGAAGGCUCCUGGACUACGGGAAGGAGUCUCUCCUGAGGAGAGAGCCUCCGGUGGUGAAAGUGGCCCGCAAGCCGUCAUACGACGGCCGGGAAACUCUCGUCUGUCGGGCCCACGGUUUCCACCCCAAGGAGAUCAACGCCACUUGGCAGAAGGACGGGGAGGCCUGGGAGCAGGAGACCUUCCAUGGGGGUGUCGUUUCCAACUCCGAUGGGACGUAUUACACCUGGCUGAGUGUCAAGAUUGAGCCCAAGGACAGAGAUCUCUACCGGUGCCGCGUGGAACAUGACAGCCUGCUGGAGCCUUUAAAUGUGUCCUGGGAGGAACCUGCCUCAUCCAAGGUGGGGGUCAUUAUUGGGAUACUUGCGGGGGUUGUGGCUUCCACCCUUCUCGUCGCUGGGAUCAUCAUGUGUAUCCGUAAGUAA